AUGGACCAAAACCCGCCGUCGCCGGCGGAGGCGGCGCCGUCCUCCGACAAACCACAGUUUUCUCUAUUCCCUCUGUUUCCAGCCUCCUCCUCUCUCCAAACCAACACCACUUUUUCGACUCCGCAAUGGCUCUCUAACUCCAGCUUCACCACCGACAUUUCCGUCAUAAACGGCGCCGUCGCGUCACAACUCAACCGCGAAACGACGCUAUCCCCGCCACAAAGCAACGACGACGAUGAAAAUCGUGCUGAGGCGAAUCCUCCCCCUUCUCGGUACGAGAUUCUGGAAUCUUCCGAAACCGACGGAGGCGGAAGAGAUAGAGAGAGGAAGAGAAGGAAGAAGAAAAAGAAGCGCAGGCGUGAUUCUUCUACGGAGAGAGGCGGAUUCAACGGUUUCGGUUCGAGGAAAUCGCGUGUUCGAGCUUGGGCGGAUUCAGAGACCAACGUUACUAAGGAUUAUUACUUUGAUUCUCACGGAGAUCGUGAUAAUCUGGCGUAUGGAUGCAUCUAUAGAGGGAGUUUGGGUAGAGGUUCUGCGUUAAGAAUGGAUGUUGCUCGAUACAAACUUUACCAUCCCUUGAAUCUGUCUGGGCUACAUACUCGAGGUUUGUAUUGGUGGAAUCGGAGUGGGUCACUCUGGGAUAGAGAUGGUGAUGCUGAUGCACUAGAUGCUAAAAUGAAGUCUGCUGGUCGUUACUGGUCUGGAAAGCAUAUGGCUUUGGAGAGACAUAAGAGCUUUAAGCGUGUUCAUCUUGUUGGUCCUAAAUUCUCUCCUGUCAGUAUGCAAGAUGAGUUUAUACCUUUAUCUGAAUCAGAUGCUGGGGCAUCUCAAGGAGCUGUUGACAGUGAUUCCAUCUCCAAAACUUCAGCACCACUUGAAGAAUCUUGGGAAGAUGAGAUGUUAAACAAAACUAGGGAGUUCAACAAACUAACAAGGGAACACCCCCAUGAUGAAAAAGUUUGGGUAGCUUUUGCAGAGUUCCAAGAUAAGAUUGCAGGGAUGCAACGGCAGAAAGGUGCUCGCUUGCAAACACUUGAGAAAAAGAUUAGCAUUCUGGAGAAGGCAGUUGAGCUUAAUCCAGACAAUGAAGAGAUGUUGCUUUGCCUUUUGAAAGCUUAUCAGAUGAGAGACAGCUCAGAAGUGCUAGUUGCAAGAUGGGAAAAAAUACUUUUGAAACACUCUGGAAGUUCUAAAUUAUGGAGAGAAUUCUUGCUCAUUGUUAAGAGAAAUUUCUCCAGAUUUAAGGUUUCAGAUGUCAGGAAGAUGUAUGUACAUGCAAUUGAAGCUCUAUCUGCUUCAUGCAGCAAGCACUCUAGGCAGGUUCUUCAAGGUGCUGAUCCUUCUUCACCAGAUCCUGUAAUUGUUCAGUUAGAACUUGGUCUUGUGGAUAUAUUUCUUAGUCUAUGCAGAUUUGAGUGGCAGGCUGGUUAUAGAGAAUUGGCCACUGCUUUAUUUCAGGCUGAAAUAGAGUUUUGUUUGUUUUGUCCUCCUUUACUGCUCACUGAGCAGGGUAAACACAGACUGUUUGAGCAUUUUUGGAACAGUGAUGGUGCUAGAGUUGGGGAAGAAGGGGCUCUUGGUUGGUCCACAUGGUUGGAGAAAGAGGAGGAAACUAGGCAACAAGUUAUGAAUGAGGAGCUCUCGCGUGAAAAUGAAGGUGGUGGUGGUUGGACUGGUUGGUCAGAACCACGGUCUAAAGAUAAUGAGUGUGUUGCCAUAGUUGAAAAUGAAGACAACAAUGAUGUGGUUAUGGAGGAUAAUCAAGAUGAAGAGGAAUAUAAUGAAGUUGAGACAGAAGUUGAUACUGAAAACUUGCUGAAGAUUCUGGGAAUUGAUAUCAAUGAUGGGGAUGGUGAAGUUAAUGACGCCUCAACUUGGAUCAAAUGGUCAAAAGAAGAGUCUUCUAGAGAUUGUGAUCAGUGGAUGCCUGUUCAUAGGAAAUCAGAUACAACCUCUCCUGCUAGUGAAGUACAGAAAACAGAUGAGGACGAGCAACUCUUGAGAGUUGUAUUGUAUGAAGAUGUGAAUGAAUACCUGUUCUCCCUAAGCACAACAGAGGCUCGACUAUCUUUGUUGUCCCAAUUCAUUGACUUCUAUGGUGGGAAGAUGUCUCCAUUGUUUUGUUCAAACAGCCAAACAAUGGCAGACAAUAUCCUUACUUUGGAGGAUCUGCCAGAUUCUAUGUUAGAGAAGUUGAAACACAUCCAUGAAGUUUUGACUAAAACACAGAACAGUCCUACUGGUUUCAGUUUUGAAUUCCUGUCAGGCCAUAUCUCAAGGAAUGCUGAUAUUAUGAAAUUUAUACGGAAUGCUGUUUUACUUUGUUUAACCGUUUUCCCACGAAAUUACAUGUUGGAAGAAGCUGUUCUUAUUUCUGAAGAGCUAUAUAUUACAAAAAUAAAUUCUUCUAACAGUUUGGUUACACCAUGUCGAUCUUUAGCCAAAUCUCUUCUAAAAAGUGAUAGACAGGAUGUAUUGCUAUGUGGUGUAUAUGCAAGAAGAGAGGCCACUUAUGGUAACAUUGAUCACGCAAGAAAAGUGUUUGACAUGGCAUUGCUAUCUGUAGAAGCGCUUCCUGUGGAACUACAACAGUCCAGUGCUCCUCUUCUAUAUUUCUGGUAUGCUGAGGUGGAGGUUGCAAAUAAAUCUGCUGAUGAUUGUGAGUCUUCAUGUCGUGCAAUACAUAUAUUAUCGUGCUUAGGAAGUGGUACAAAAUACAGCCCAUUUAAAAGUCAAGCAUCAGGUUUGCAACUGCUGAGAGCACAUCAAGGAUUUAAAGAAAGACUAAGAACAGUAUGGUCAUCUUGGGUUCGUGGUAUAAUAAAUGAUCAGUCUGUAGCUCUAAUAUGUUCUGCUGCAUUGUUUGAGGAGCUGACCACUGGAUGGGAUGCGGGCAUUGAAGUUUUGAAUCAAGCUUUUUCAAUGGUGCUUCCAGGUUAUGUGUCUUCAGUAAUUGAUCUUCUCUUAGAAAACAUGAGACCUUUAAGACAAGUGUGA